AUGGCCAAAACAUGUCGUACCUUCAAGACAAUCAUCUAUAAGCAUGUGCUUUAUGCUCGUAUGGUGUUUCCAACUAUGCAUAGUUUCCAGAAAUAUACUGAAUACCAUUUACCUCAUCUGGGACUUAAGUUCCAACUGACAGCUCCAAGUGAUUGCGUCAACUACUUGCAAUCGGUAGUAUUGGUCAAUCCUCCAGUGAGACCAAGGAAAGAUAUGGGAACCAACAUUGCUGGUUCUUAUAUCAUCGAUGACAAUGAUUGUGACAUCAAAAGAUCAGGAUUAUCAUAUGAGGAUUUCCUUAGAUCGUUCAAUGCAAUUUUAAAGGAAGCUUAUGGUCUCAAAUCAAUAACCAUUAAUGAGAUCUCACCUCAUUUUGCCUUCCCAGAUACUUGGGAUGAUGAUAAGGGAGGUCUUAGUAAAUUUAGGAAAAGAGGCCAGAAGAUGAAGAAAACAUUGAAUAAACUCCAACUCUCCACUCAAAGCGGCUGGACCGUGCCCUUCCGCUUAGGCCAUAUCUCUGGUAUUCUUGCAGAAUAUGAUACCAUCAAUGAAUUGAUAUUGAGAAACUUUAUCGUUGAUGAUAUCAAGUUAACUUCAUUCACCAUCCCUUCUGGUCAACAGAUCACCAUCAAUAAAGUGACCUUUAUGAGUUGUACCUUCUCCAAUUCAUCGAAGAAUAGACGUAAGGCUUCAGAGCUAUUCAGUUCCGUCACAAGUGUCCAGCUAUCUUCAAUAUUAUCUGCCAAUGACCUUUCAAUGAUUGAUUUUAUGAAGGCUAAUCAUACACUUCUGAACCUUAUAAUUGAUUUCGAUUCUCCGGUGUUUUAUUCGGUUAAUGAAAUGGGUGAAAGAUUAUUUGAUUUCAUCCGAUUCAAUUCUUUCUUCAAGUUGGUCUGUAGUGGACAAGGUGGAUAUAAAAGCGUCAAAGAAUUAAUAUUAACCAAUUUCGAUCUUUUCAAGCAUUACAUUCACGUUCAUAAAAAGAAUGGGAGAUCUUUGGCAACAAUCACCGAGGAAGAAGAAGAAGAAGGAAAAGAAGAAGAAGAAGAAGACCAUGAACAACAAGACAACAAUCGUGAACAAUCACCUUCAGACGUUGAUAGAAGAUUAUGGUACCCUCAUAUAAAUGCCAAUUAUACAGAAUCACCCAUCCUUUCAAGACCCAGAGACGAUACCUUUGAUGCUCUUUUAAGUAACUUGGCACCUGUACCAAGCUUGACAUUCAUUCUUAAAGUAAGACCAGAAUUGGUUCAUACUUGUGCAAGAUGUGGGUUCACCAAGACUGAAGUGGAUACUCAGAUCACUUCUUUAAACAACAAUGAUUGGUGGAUCUUAUUAAGUCCCUUGCUUCAUGCCAAUGAGUCGUGCCACGUAAAGAUUAUGAAUACCAAUUUUCAAGUCAUUUUUGAAAGAUUCCCCAAUUCAACUUAA